UCCGGGGCGGCGCAGGGACUGGGAUGCUGCUGGGGACAGCGAUGUGGCCAUGAGGAUGCGCGAGGGGCCAGCGCACUUUCUCCCAGCCCGUUGGGGGCGCUCGGCGUGGAGCCCGGGCUAGCGCGGCCUGGGGUCCCCGGAAGCCCCCGGAGACGGCACCCCAGGCCCUACUCGGGCCCCUUCCCCCUCCCGCUCACCCCGGGCCCCGCGGCGCGGACCCCCUGCAGGAAGGCGCGGACACACAGCGGGGCUCGGGCGGGUCGUCGGCGGCGGCAUCAGCAGGUGCGCGGCCUGGGCCGGAGCCGCCGGCCCUAGAGGAAGCGGCGCUAAUCCCGAGCACCGGAGACACCUGCAGCGGCCGCGAGCUCGGCGGCGGCGACAUCCCCGCGCCCAGUGCAAAAUACAGAAACCGCAGCCAUGACCACCCACGUCACCCUGGAAGAUGCCCUGUCCAACGUGGACCUGCUGGAAGAGCUGCCCCUCCCUGACCAGCAGCCAUGCAUCGAGCCCCCACCUUCCUCCAUCAUGUACCAGGCUAACUUUGACACAAACUUCGAGGACAGGAAUGCAUUUGUCACAGGCAUUGCAAGGUACAUUGAGCAGGCUACGGUCCACUCCAGCAUGAAUGAAAUGCUGGAGGAAGGGCACGAGUAUGCCGUCAUGCUGUACACCUGGCGUAGCUGUUCCCGGGCCAUCCCCCAGGUGAAAUGCAACGAGCAGCCUAACCGAGUGGAGAUCUAUGAGAAGACAGUGGAGGUGCUGGAGCCAGAGGUGACCAAGCUCAUGAAGUUCAUGUACUUUCAGCGCAAAGCCAUCGAGCGGUUCUGCAGCGAGGUGAAGCGGCUGUGCCACGCCGAGCGGAGGAAGGACUUUGUCUCCGAGGCCUACCUCCUGACCCUGGGCAAGUUCAUCAACAUGUUCGCUGUCUUGGACGAGCUGAAGAAUAUGAAGUGCAGCGUCAAGAACGACCACUCUGCCUACAAGAGGGCGGCACAGUUCCUGAGGAAGAUGGCGGACCCCCAGUCUAUCCAGGAGUCACAGAACCUUUCCAUGUUCCUGGCCAACCACAACAGGAUCACCCAGUGUCUCCAUCAGCAACUGGAAGUGAUCCCGGGCUAUGAGGAGCUGCUGGCCGACAUCGUCAACAUCUGCGUGGAUUACUACGAGAACAAGAUGUACCUGACCCCCAGUGAGAAGCACAUGCUCCUCAAGGUAAUGGGUUUUGGUCUCUACCUGAUGGAUGGAAAUGUCAGUAACAUUUACAAACUGGAUGCCAAGAAGAGAAUCAACCUCAGCAAAAUUGAUAAGUUCUUUAAGCAGCUGCAGGUGGUGCCCCUUUUCGGCGACAUGCAGAUAGAGCUGGCCAGAUACAUUAAGACCAGUGCUCACUAUGAAGAGAACAAGUCCAAGUGGACGUGCACCCAGAGCAGCAUCAGCCCCCAGUACAACAUCUGCGAGCAGAUGGUUCAGAUCCGGGAUGACCACAUCCGCUUCAUCUCCGAACUUGCUCGCUACAGCAACAGUGAGGUGGUGACAGGCUCCGGGCUGGACAGCCAGAAGUCGGACGAGGAGUACCGCGAGCUCUUCGACCUGGCCCUGCGGGGCCUGCAGCUUUUAUCCAAGUGGAGCGCCCACGUCAUGGAGGUGUACUCCUGGAAGCUGGUUCACCCCACCGACAAGUUCUGCAACAAGGACUGCCCUGGCACGGCGGAGGAGUACGAGCGAGCCACGCGCUACAACUACACCAGCGAGGAGAAGUUUGCCUUCGUCGAGGUGAUCGCCAUGAUCAAAGGCCUGCAGGUGCUCAUGGGCAGGAUGGAGAGUGUCUUCAACCAGGCCAUCAGGAACACCAUCUACGCGGCUCUGCAGGAUUUUGCCCAGGUGACCCUGCGCGAGCCCCUGAGGCAGGCAGUGCGGAAGAAGAAGAAUGUCCUCAUCAGUGUCCUGCAGGCAAUUCGGAAAACCAUCUGUGACUGGGAGGGGGGCCGAGAGCCCCCCAAUGACCCGUGCUUGAGAGGGGAGAAGGAUCCCAAAGGUGGCUUUGACAUCAAGGUGCCCCGGCGUGCUGUGGGGCCCUCCAGCACACAGCUGUACAUGGUGCGGACCAUGCUUGAGUCGCUCAUCGCGGACAAAAGUGGCUCCAAGAAGACCCUGAGGAGCAGCCUGGACGGACCCAUCGUCCUCGCCAUAGAGGACUUCCACAAGCAGUCGUUCUUCUUCACGCACCUGCUCAACAUCAGUGAAGCCCUGCAGCAGUGUUGCGACCUCUCCCAGCUCUGGUUCCGAGAAUUCUUCCUGGAGUUAACCAUGGGUCGGCGAAUCCAGUUUCCCAUUGAGAUGUCCAUGCCCUGGAUUCUAACAGACCAUAUCCUGGAAACCAAAGAACCUUCCAUGAUGGAGUACGUCCUGUACCCUUUGGAUCUGUACAACGACAGCGCCUACUAUGCUCUGACCAAGUUCAAAAAGCAGUUCCUGUACGAUGAGAUCGAAGCCGAGGUGAACCUGUGCUUUGAUCAGUUUGUCUACAAGCUGGCGGACCAGAUCUUCGCUUACUACAAAGCCAUGGCCGGCAGUGUCCUGUUGGAUAAACGUUUUAGGGCCGAAUGUAAGAAUUAUGGAGUCAUCAUUCCGUACCCACCGUCCAACCGCUAUGAAACGCUACUGAAGCAGAGACACGUGCAGCUGUUGGGUAGAUCUAUUGACUUGAACAGACUCAUUACCCAGCGCAUCUCCGCCGCCAUGUAUAAAUCCUUGGACCAGGCCAUCAGCCGCUUUGAGAGUGAGGACCUGACCUCCAUCGUGGAGCUGGAGUGGUUGCUGGAGAUCAACCGGCUCACACACCGGCUGCUGUGUAAGCACAUGACCCUGGACAGCUUCGAUGCCAUGUUCCGAGAAGCCAAUCACAAUGUGUCUGCCCCCUACGGACGCAUCACCCUGCACGUCUUCUGGGAGCUGAACUUCGACUUCCUCCCUAACUACUGCUACAAUGGGUCCACCAACCGUUUUGUCCGAACUGCCAUUCCUUUUACCCAAGAGCCACAAAGAGAUAAACCCGCCAACGUCCAGCCUUAUUACCUCUAUGGAUCCAAGCCUCUCAACAUUGCCUACAGCCACAUCUACAGCUCCUACAGAAACUUCGUGGGGCCUCCUCAUUUCAAGACCAUCUGCAGGCUCCUGGGUUACCAGGGCAUCGCUGUGGUCAUGGAAGAACUGCUGAAGAUCGUCAAGAGCUUGCUCCAGGGCACCAUUCUCCAGUACGUGAAAACGCUGAUCGAGGUGAUGCCCAAGAUAUGCCGCUUGCCCCGGCACGAGUACGGCUCCCCAGGGAUCCUGGAGUUCUUCCACCACCAGCUGAAGGACAUCAUUGAGUACGCAGAGCUCAAAACAGACGUGUUCCAGAGCCUGAGGGAGGUGGGCAAUGCCAUCCUGUUCUGCCUGCUUAUAGAGCAAGCUCUGUCUCAGGAGGAAGUCUGUGAUUUGCUCCAUGCUGCACCCUUCCAGAACAUCCUGCCUCGAGUCUACAUCAAAGAGGGGGAGCGUCUGGAGGUCCGGAUGAAACGCCUGGAAGCCAAGUAUGCCCCGCUUCACCUGGUCCCUCUGAUCGAGCGGCUGGGGACCCCUCAGCAAAUCGCCAUCGCUCGAGAGGGUGACCUGCUGACCAAGGAGCGGCUAUGCUGCGGCCUGUCCAUGUUCGAGGUCAUCCUGACCCGCAUCCGGAGCUACCUGCAGGACCCCAUCUGGCGGGGCCCACCGCCCACAAACGGCGUCAUGCACGUUGACGAGUGCGUGGAGUUCCACCGGCUCUGGAGUGCCAUGCAGUUCGUCUACUGCAUCCCCGUGGGGACCAACGAGUUCACAGCUGAGCAGUGUUUCGGUGAUGGCUUGAACUGGGCAGGCUGCUCCAUCAUCGUCCUGCUGGGCCAGCAGCGUCGCUUCGACCUGUUUGACUUCUGUUACCACCUGCUAAAAGUACAGAGGCAGGACGGGAAGGAUGAAAUCAUUAAGAAUGUGCCCCUGAAGAAGAUGGCAGACAGAAUUAGGAAGUACCAGAUUUUGAACAAUGAGGUUUUUGCCAUCCUGAAUAAGUACAUGAAGUCCGUGGAGACAGACAGUUCCACCGUGGAGCAUGUGCGCUGCUUCCAGCCCCCCAUCCACCAGUCCUUGGCCACCACCUGCUAGGCGGAAAGUCCUGCAGACCCUCAACCUGGAGAGGGAGAAGAAGCAGGAGAGAGAAGGCCACGGCCAGCCUGCAACAGGGUCCGACUGGACAGCGUGUGGGACGGACCUAGAAGCAAACAAGAACCUCCCCAAACACAUCUACACCCAAGGGCUGGGCCUGUGCAUGCUCUCCCAUGACAUCUCCAUGGUGGUUUUUCCAUAGUGUAAAUGAAAAAAAAAGAAAAGAAAUGGCAGUAUGUGCUUUUUUCUUCUUUUUUUCCUCAGCUGUGUUAAGAGCCCUAGUUUCACCCUUUCUUCAUCUCAUGGCCCCACCCCACAUCCUUGGUUGUUUCCCAAGAUGUGACCUCCUGCCCGGUGCCCACAUGUAACCCCAGGACUGAAGUCUCAGAGAUCAUGAAAAGGGUGUGGCCAUGCCAUAAAAUGUCAGCUUGGCCUGAUGGGCAUGUGUCCACUUGCUGGCUUCUUCACCUCCUGUGGCUCCCUCCCUCCAGUUCCCCAGGUGGCAUCUCCUCCUGCUCUGGAUACCAGAGAUUCUACUGCCAAGAGUACUCCUGGACCAGACACUGAGCCAUAAUGUACAGAGAAUGAGGUUCCUGGUAUUGGUGCCGUGGUAGAUGUGUUGGUUCUGGCCUUCCAUAGAGUCCCAAAAACCACAGGGCACUCCUAGAGAACUUCGAAAUGCAUUCACAACUGUAUCUCACUGAGUGAAACUGGGGUAAGAAGAUGGUCAGGCCUGCUGUUGAAGCAGUAUUUAUGAACACAGCCAGGAAUUCCAUGGCCCCAAAGAGAAAGCUCUUCAGCCGUCUUAUCAGCUUGAUGGUGCGAUGGUCCUUUAUUCAUUAAGCAAAUACUUAGUGAGCACCAAGCCACAUAGGGCGAUGGACACUGGGGAUGCAGCAUUGAACAAGUCAGGCAUGUGUUGCCCACAGCAUUAGCUGGCGACCAAAUUAGGGACCACCUCUUUGCCCAGACUCUCUCAUCAAGGAAAACUCCCAUGAGAAAGAAAAUAUUAAGGAGUUAUUUUAGCAGAAGCCAGAAAUAUCUUGGGAUCAAAGAGGUAAGGGGUAUAAAUAAUAUUUGUCAGUGAGUUCUUAAUACUAAGAUACUCCCCCAAAGAGGAGUCCUGUUUUAGUGAAUCAGGACUUUCAUUGUCCUAAAAGAUUCUGAGGACGUUUUAUCUUUUGCUCUCAAUUUCCUUAAUGUUCCUUAACUUAGAUUUUGAGGUAUGCGGCGUAUCUCACAGGGACAGUCUACUUCCAUUUCCCAGACUGAACCAGAAUUCCUUGCAGAAUCUCCCACUAAGCUUAGGACGGAAGCCUUUGGGAAGUGAAUGUCUUAUUACAGAGCAUCUCAUCUUCAAAGGGAGUCUGUGACCCUGAGCUUGUGAGAACAUAUAAAAUGAGACAUUUGAUAUUUCUCCCCAGCCAAGGGAGGAAAAGAAAAUAGAGCAGUAAUGGUCCCCUCCCUCAGGGAAGAUGAACGGAAAUGGUUGCUAUUAACCAGAUGGCCCGUUUUAACCCCAUGGAAAGAGCACGGAAGUGUCCGUAGUAAGAGAUUUGUGUAAUGUAUUCAUGCACAUCAGGGAGGAGAGAGAGGGGGAUCACCAAGUGUGGUCCAAAGGCCACCAACAUCAGGACUUCCUGAGAUUAGCACAUUUGAGGCAGAUUCUUGUGCCCCACCUCAAACUCACUGAUUGUGCGUCUCUUGGAGUAGGGGCAGGAAAUCACUUUCCACAAGCUAUCAGAGUUAUUCUGUUCCACGUGGACGUCUGAGGACCACAGCUAUAGAGGUUCUCUCCACUGCUAACCUUGGGCUUUGAGCUCCCUCUGAGCCAUGAAAGAAAAUAUUUGUAGGGAAGGAAAGUGGUUCGGAGUGGAAGCUGGCAGAUCCUCCUGUCUGGAGCUGCCACUUCCUAUUCUGACUUCUUAUCUUUUCCCUGUUGAUGACCAUAGAUGUGUCCCAAAGGCCAAAGGGAGAGUUACAGCACAUGUUAGAAGUGCACAGUAGAAAAUGCCUUCAAAACCCACAUAAAACCUCUCAGCUCCAGAGCCUUCCAAAUCUUCAGUCCUGUCUGGGAACAGUAGCUCUUUCAGAUAGAUGACCAGCUCUUCAGUCCUAGAGUUCAUUCCAAAUCCUUGACCUUUGCUUUUGUGGAGAUUUGCAUCAUCCAUUUGAUGAGAUUGCUAUUUCAAGAACAACCCACCCUCCCGCCCUGCAUUCAAAACCUUGAGUUUGACGUCUGGGUAGAAUCCCAUUAUCCUCAAGAAGGUUAAUCCCAAUAAAUUGAGGUCUUCACCUUCUGGAGGGAGACGUUUCAUUUCCCUGACUCGCCAGCAGCAUUUAUUUAUGAACCCCGACUACAUUUAAUAUUCUUUCUUUCUUGGUAUUACUGCCCCAGUUUUGAUUUUUUGUGUGUCUUAAGAACCAGGAAAAAAAAAUCUUAGGUUUUAAAAAGUUAAAAAAAAAAUCUGUUUCAGAAACUGUCAAAUGUACCAUAUUUGUAUUAAGAGUUGUUGGGGAUUUUUGUACAAUGAAUUUACAUUUAUUUAUGGUGACUUAUAUUUACGCUUGUGAUCAAAUAAUGAUGUUAAAUUCUUAAAUCGUAUUUGCUAUGCAGCUGAAGAUGAUAUUUUGCUUUGUAUUUUGGGGUACCUGUGUUGAGUUGAUAAACAUUUCCAUCUCCAUUAAAACUGCUUCCAA